UUGCGCCCGUCCAAUGAGGGCGAGACUAAACGGGUAAGAGAGAGAGCAUUAUAAAGCGUAUAGUGCGAUGGAGAGAGAAAGGUGGAGACGAGAGUGCACUAAGCUAAAGGGAGAAGGCGAGAGAACGGAAGAGAGAAGAACAUAUCGUGUGGAAAGCUGCAGAGAAAGGGACGUACCAGGUUCAAAAGACAGCGAAGGCGCUGGGUCUCGUCCGGCAGUCCGGGAAUGGCCACGUUGUGGUGGACGUAUCAUACAAACGAGACAUUCAAAUCCACGCUGUAUUCCUCAGGUCGUACCUCGCUCGGAAAUGCCCAACGACGAGGACGCGUCGACAGUGGAACAUCGCUGCGAAGCCCAGAACGGUGAUAAUCAUUACACGGCGUCGCCGUCGUCACCCUCCCGCCUCAUCGACUUCGAGAUCAAAGAGUGUAAGAAGGAACCUGAUCCCGGCUGCUGGGCCAGCGAUGACCUAUCGGAGUUCGACAAAUCUCCAACAAACGUUGAAAAUACAGUAGACAGUCCAGCACAUGGACCUACAGUGAAAAAUCCAAUUAUUUUGCUAGAAAGAUGCGAUAAGAUUUGGGAAACAUUGCAACUAAUAAAGGGACAGUAUACAAGUCCAAUAAUAGAAGGGGAAGAUGAGGAAAAGGAGAAAAAAGAAAAAAAAGUAGCACUUUUGAAUAUGACAUUUCCCAUUAAGGGUCAACGUAGAUUGACAAAUGACAGCAAGACACCUUUUUUCUCAGUCCAAAAGACAAGAAGAUUAUAUCCCUGUGUUACAUGUGGCAAACAGUAUUUGGAGAAGAGAUCUUUGAGGUCGCACUCAUUGAGGUUACAUGGAAUUAUUAUCCCGGUAAAGCACAGGCGUACUACAAAGCUGAGAACAGUCAACACACAAGGUUCGAACAUUUUGUCCAGUGAAAGAAAUAGUAAUUCUGACAAAGUUCAUAACGACAAUUCACAUGAGAAGAUGGUGGCUGGAAAAUCUGGAGCUACUAAACUUGCACCGAUUUUUACUCAUUCAAAAAUACUACAAAAUGUAUCUGAUGUCAAUCCUAGUAAAGAUCGAUGUAAGAAUAUAGAUAGUGGGUCAUUUGUUUCUAAAACACAAUAUAGCAAAUGUGCAUUGUGUCGACAAGAAGUAAAGUGUGUGAAAAAGCAUUUGAUCAACUAUCAUAAGAUUGGAUGCUCGGCGAAUAUGUUGAAACAGCUGGAAAUGUCACUGUUGAUUGAGGAUAAAUCUUCACCUAGCAGCAGCAAGCCCACGUUGAAGGACAUACUAUCCGGUAAGCCUCCGCAAGCAUCUGUUAACAAAGGUACGCAGAAUAAAUCUCACAUAGCAAGCAAUGAGGACAAAACUCGUGAAACGUCUCAAGUAGUACCGCAAAAGCGAAAAUACACGUUGUCCUAUAUAAGCGCUAGGAAAAGACUCAAGUUGAACAACGGACGUUAUGUUCCUGUCCAAAAAACGUCUAAAAUCGCACAAGGGCAGGUUCAGGGUCAAAGAAAUGUCAAGAACAAAUGCGAUAUUUGCUUAGGAGUAUACGCAAACUCCCAUAAUCUUGCCAAACAUAAACGUAUUCACACUUCCCGUGGAGAAACCAAGGAGAACUUUCACAAUUUUGUAUGCAACUAUUUCAAUUCUCCGUUGAGCAAAAGGUAUCAGCAAGCGAGAUCUUCCGUACAGUCAACCGACACGGAAAAUCGUAACAACAGCUCCAGUGGAAAUUUGCAAUCGAGCAAUCCCAAACCAAGUCAAGAACAGAGGGCCAGUCGAGCAGCCACGCACAAUACAAGCAAAGAGGAUACUACUUGCUUGUGCGGAAGGUCAUUUCGAAAUCACCUUAUCUUGCGUGCUCAUAAGGAGAUCUGUAAAUCAUACAAGCAGAAAGAUAAAGAGGCGCAGCACAGCACAAGAGACGAAUACAGCAGCGACAGGGACUCGGGAAUCGGUAUCAAUAUUACAAUCAAGAAACGAAACAAUUCGUACGAGAUAGUCGGCAAGGACGGCGAAGAAUUUAAGCAAAUCGAACAUGACCCGGACGGCAUUCUGUCACUUGACGUGUCUCACGAUGUUAUCAAAGAGGCUACCAACGUAGAUGCUAGGCAAAAACGACGUGAAAGCAAUGCAUCGAAGUACAGCAAAGAUCACAGUGUUUUGAAACUGCAAGAUGCGGACGAAGAUCUGAUUGUUGAUAUCGAAGAGGAUGCGUAUCUACUUUCUAAACAGAAAAUGAUGCAGAAGGCUGUUCAGCGAAAUGACUGCUCUCAAAUGCGACAAGACGAUGACGCGGCAAGUGCGAAAGGGGACAAUACGCUCGAAAAUGUUCGUUCCUUAAAGCAGAUGUGUGAAGCGGUCCUGAAGAAAUUCACAACGUUCCAGAAAUCGGAAACAGAGAAUGCACCGACGCAUCCAGAGAAGAAGGCAAGACCUGUGAAUACAAGCCACAGGACAACGAAGAAGGAGCAGGCGAAAUCAGGGGUUUCCACGAUGAACUUCAAUCUUACGACAUGCGCAUAUUGCAAUAAGCACUUCGGCACGGUCAAUUUGUACAACAAGCACCAGUGCACCGUUGAGGAAGGCAGGAGAUUUGACGAGUAUUCGCUGAACUUGCUAUGUUUCUCUUGCAAUGCCACGUUGGACAGUUGCACCCAAUUCGACGAGCAUAUGAAAAACAAGCAUCACACUCGUGGCUCGUACUAUUGCUACUUGUGUCCUAAGAAGUUCUGGCAGAAGAAAGCACGGAAUAAACACAUCAGCGCGCAGCACGAUACUUCCUGCAGGUUUUGUCACAUGAAUGUCCCAUUGUGGAUAAUAAACCUCCACGAGUCUUAUCACCUAGGCUUCGGCUAUCCCUGUCACAAAUGUAAAAAAGCGUAUUCGUCUAAAAAGAAUCUUUCGUAUCAUGCAGUGAUACACAAGAACAACAUCGACACCAUGGAAUUCUGUACUUUAUGUUUAAAAUCGUUCAAACCGAAAGUUUUCCAGAGUCACUUGCAGUCGCACGACAGUAAGAAAUGUUACUUUUGCGACAAAGAGUUUAACGACAGGGCAGCCACGGAGUAUCAUACUUUAAUAUAUCACGGCGGCGCGUUUUCUAAAAUAAAAUGUAAUAAGUGUGGUAUGCGUUACUUGACCAAAAAGCAACUCGAGCAACACAAGAAUACGGCCGGAUGCGAUCGUCUAAAGAGAAUAAAAGAAAAAAAUAUGUUGUAAUGCGCUAAAUAUUGUUGGCAGCAACAUCUUAAAAGGGUAACACAUGCAGACAGAUUAAUACAUGUUUCUAUCAAUUUGGUUAAAGUCUCAAAUUGAAUAUUCUCUGUUUGAGUAGAAUUUAAACUUAGAUUAAGGUUUAAUCGAUGUUGAUAGAAACGCGCAUAUAUGACAUAAAAUUAACCAAUCAGUCCAAGCAAGUAAUUUAUUACUUUCUGAAUUAUUUUUGACGUAAUAUCAAUAUAUCGCGUAAGUCGUACAUUUACUAUCACCAAAAGGAGAACAAAAAAGUGUGUUUUGUUAUUUUUAUAUUGAGCUAAUAAUUGGAUACUUUUGAAAGCACUUAUAUUUUUCAACAUAUAGCCUGCUUGUACAAAUAUCCGUGUUAUAAAUCUGCAAUAUCAAUACUUUGUAAAGUUCGCAAUUUCUAAUUUUACAUUAAGCAUUUCCCAGACAGCACAUUCCUCCAAAGAACGUCCUCAAGACAUUUCUUGAAAUGUAUGUUGUCCGGAUGCUAUAUUGCGAUGUUUAAAAUUUUUAAUGCUUCUACUUGGGUGGGAUUUUGCAAUGUCUUAUAUGAAAUUUAGAUAUGAUUUACGAGUUACUGGUAUCAAGCAGACUAUAUAUGAUAAGACAUUUCUUUUGAAUUCAUUUGUAAUUGUAAUGAUUAAUAUAUUAUGUUGUAAUGAAAGAGGCUUUUCUUUGUGUAAAUAAGCUCACACCAUGAAUAAUUGCAUUGUGCGCGUUAAUCUUGGACAACGCACAUUAAUCUUAGAUUAUUUUUAUAUUUUGCUCCUAUUAAUCUCGAAGUGACGAUCUAUGACAAGAGAGUAUUUCUGCCAAUAAUGACAGUGUAAACAGCACGCUUGAAUUGCAGGAAAGUAUUUUUACGAACACAUCAUUUAUAUCGAUAGCAUAUCGUUUAUUUCUUAAGCUAUUACUUGUGUACAAGAUGUAACAAGCCAAAGUCGCAUAAUCGCAAUGUACACUUGAUUUCAAUAUAAACGCUUUUUAUCGGUUACAGUUUGGGACAUAGCUAAUUUCCAAUAGGAGAAUUUAUUUUCUUAGAAUUUAUUUUCUUAAGUUUUUUCAUUGGACGUCAGCUGCAUUCCAAGUAACGUCAUGAAAAAUGUGUAUUGAAAUCAAGUUUGCACCGAACGGCAUAACAGUCCUAACACAUAAAAUUUCACAUUAUUGUUAAUGAAUUGCCAUUUAUUAAUAAAUUUAGCCUCAACACAUGAAAUUAUAUCAUUAAUUAAAUUUAAUUAAAAUUGUGCCAUUUUAUAGUUUUCCCUGAGAAGUAUAUGGUACUACCUGGAAAGGUAUAACUUCAUGCGUUAAGGUUAUUAUGUCGGCCUAUGUGUGUGGAGUACGUAUGCUAUUAUUUGUUAAAUAUAUAAUAUCGAACUUAAUACCACGUAUGUCAUAUGUGAUAUAAUGUAACAAUAUUAAUUUUCCUAUGUUAUUAGUAUAUCAUGACAGUGUCAGAUAUUGCUUGAUGUUAAUGUAUGUCCGCCACGAUAAAAGUAAUUAAACAAUGUUUAUGUAAAAUUAAUGAAUUGAUUACUUUAAUCGUGGCAAUAUGUAUUUAUCAAAUAUUAAUUUUAUCUUUUAGACAAUGUUUGUCUCUGGGACAUAAUGUAUCACACAUUUAAUUUAGUGUAAGGUAUAAUUAUAAUGUGUAUUUUAUUAAGUUGUACUAAUAUAAUUGAUUUUCUUUUUAUAUAAUUUAAAAUAUAAUUCGUUAAUAUUACACAAUAUUAAUAUGAAAAAAAACAAAGUAUGCAAAUAAAGUUCGUUUAUGGAUUUGUAACAAGUAUUUUCUGAAUCGAAAGAAGUUCCAUCUUUAUUUUUUGUUUAUCGAUUAAUUAUAAAUGUACAGAGACGACAUUAAAAAAUUGUAUAAU